AUGACAAGGUACAGUGAUUUGUUAGGCUGCCUGGAAUGGAGAGCUAAUCCAACGAUUGUGGGACGAGCUCCACGACCGAAAUCGGCCAAUCAUCGUCUGGACAUUCCAUCGAUUGGUGAACUACCCCGACCGGAAGCAGAACAAACCAAUUCGAGGUCUUCCAUGUGCACUCGCACGUUAUCCGAAUGUGCAUCCAGCUGCCCCGAGUCGGAUAUUGUCAAAUCAAGUCGCGGCUCGCAGCGCAACAAGGCCAUCGGUGGUGCGGACGCUCUGUUACGUCGUCUACGGAUGAGGCCAUUGAGUAAAGGUUCUCGCGCAAAGACACCGACCCCGGUGGGUAGUGAGAUUGCCGGCAGAUUAGCAUCCGCACCAGUUCGUUCCUCAUCGACACCGCGAACAAGCUGCAUGUCGAAAAGUUUUAUUGAAUGGUCCGGCGGAGCAGAAACUUGUGUGUUCCCCAGCUGUUCACAUGGUUCUCGUUUGAAUAUGACUACGAACGAAGAGUCCAGUUUCCUACCUCCAGUCACCAAUCCACAACGGACGGAAAGUUAUCCGACGGUGAGUGCUUUGUGUGCACACACAUUUCUACGAUAG